AUGCCUCUACGCUGCGUCCGAACACCGGCUCUCAGGAGCGGCGCUUUCAAUGGCUCCUUCCUCACCGUUCCAGCACCAAAGCUCGGCGCAGUGGCCAUCAAGUCCGCGAUCGACAAGUCCGGUGUGCCAAUUUCCAAGAUCACAGACGUCUACAUGGGCAAUGUGCUACAAGCCUCAGUUGGGCAGAGCCCGGCAAGACAGGCAGCCGUAUUUGCAGGUCUCCCGCCAAGCAUCGAGGCCAUCACCAUCAACAAGGUCUGCGCGUCCGGUCUGAAGUCGGUCGUCUUCGCUGCGCAAAACAUCCAGCUCGGCCUUGCGGAGGCGCAGGUUGCUGGUGGUAUGGAAAAUAUGUCACAAGUGCCCUACUACGUGCCACGGGCAAGCUCGCUGCCCGCCUUUGGCCACGUGAAGAUGGAGGACGGCCUGAUCAAGGAUGGCCUCACAGACGUCUACGACCAAAUACACAUGGGCAAUUGUGCUGAGAACACAGCAAAGAAAUACGAGCUCACCAGGGAGGCACAGGAUCAAUACGCCAUCCAGUCAUACGAACGGGCGCAAGCAGCCUGGAAGGCCGACGCUUUUGCCGAAGAGAUUGCACCGGUGACCGUGAAGGGGAGGAAGGGCGAGACCAUCAUCGACACAGACGAAGGCUACAUGGAUGUCAAACUGGAAAGGAUCCCAACCCUGAAGCCUGCCUUCGUCAGAGAUGGAACAGGCACAGUCACGGCUGCGAAUUCCUCGACCCUCAAUGACGGUGCUAGUGCGUUGGUACUGGGCAGCAAGGCCAUCGCACAGGAGUUCGGUUCCGUCUCGAGAGUACUGGCGAGAAUAUGCGGGUCUGCCGAUGCUGCGACGGAUCCGAUUGACUUCCCAAUUGCCCCGGCCAAGGCUGUUCCCAUCGCUCUUGAGAGGGCUGGCAUAACGAAGGAUCAGGUGGCCAUUUGGGAGUUCAACGAGGCCUUUGCAGCUGUCAUUAAGGCCAACGAGAAGAUUCUCGGACUUCAGGGAGCCAAGGUCAACCCCCUGGGCGGUGCCAUCUCCUUGGGCCAUGCGCUGGGCAGCUCCGGGUCAAGGAUCCUUACGACUUUACUCCACCAGCUCAAGCCUGGCGAGUAUGGUGUUGCAGCAAUCUGCAACGGUGGUGGUGCAGCCACCGCAGUGGUCGUCCAACGCAUCGAGUCCGUGUAA